UCAGAGGGCAAUAUAAAUGUUCAUGUUCUAUCAUGUUCCAUCAACACACUAAAAGGGUUAUAUGAUAAAUCCGGUGUAGAAAAGAAAAACCAACAUUUCCAGCGUGGGGUGAAUUUUGCUGUCUCUGGAGCAACUGCGCUUGAUUCUAAGUUCUUUUAUGACCAAAAGAUCGGCCAAGUUUUGUGGACGAAUGACCCAUCAAGUGUUCAGCUUGGUUGGUUCAAGAAUCUCAAGUCCUCACUGUGUAAUACUAAACAAGAAUGUGAUAACUACUUCAAGAAGUCACUAUUUCUUAUGGGAGAAAUUGGAGGCAAUGACUAUAGUUAUGCAUUUUUUGUCGGUGGAAGCCUUAACCAACUACCAGCUUCUGUACCGCUCGUCAUAGUGAAAGCCAUUAGUACGUUGAUAGAAGAAGGUGCAGCAGAAGUGAUGGUGCCAGGGAACUUGCCAAUCGGAUGCUCUGCUGUGUACCUGACCUUGUUUAGAAGCCCUAACAAAACAGAUGAUCAAAAUGAGUGGUUGAAAACUUACAACGCUUUCUCCAAGUAUCAUAACAAACAGCUCAAAGAAGCCCUGGGGACACUGAGACUGAAGUACCUACAUGCAAGAAUAAUUUAUGCUGAUUACUAUGGUGCAGCCAAGCGUUUCUAUCACUCACCACAAGAUUAUGGAUUUCCCAAUAGAGUUCUAACUGCCUGUUGUGGAGGGGGUGGACCAUACAAUUUCAACAAAUCUGCAAGCUGUGGCUACACAGGUUCAAAAGCAUGCAGCAAUCCCUCUACUUACUCAAAUUGGGAUGGAAUUCACUUGACAGAAGCUGCAUAUCGGAUUAUUGCCAUGGGUUUGAUCAAUGGCCCGUAUUUGACACCACCCCUUUCUACAUUUUCCCUGUAUCUCAGUCAAUAUCAUUUAUAA